AUUGGUUCACUUUUAAAUGUAGUCAAAACCUUGGAGAUACAACAACUUGUAUAAUGAUAUGGAUUACUUGAAAGUUUUAACAUUGUUUCGGCUCAAAAUUUACUGAAGCAGUUGAGAAAGUUUUCAUCACAAAUAAACCACCCAACGUUUCCAAUAUUAUGUCCGAUUGUCAGUUCAAUUGCUUGUUGUAAUUCGCACAAUGAGGAGUGAGAGCACCACUGAAAAUAUAUCCAACGCCACAGACACAGUAAAAAAGCGUUUAAGACCUAGAAGUCCUUUCAUUUAUAACAAGACCGCUGAUAGGUAUCAGUUCGACUCUGAUAGGGAAGUUUUAGAAGCUCAAUACCGAAAGUCACCUGUCUUUUACAAUUCACACCAUUAUCUUGCAAAUUUUAUUCGACCCGUUUCCUUAGCCACAUUGAAAAGUCUUUCUCACGCUAAACCGAAGACUUGCAAGCUGAAUGUCUUGGGAAGGCGGGAUACUAAAAUGAUUCAACCCAUAUUCUCAACUCAUAAAGAUGAUUCUCUUGAACGAUUCAAUAUAAGAAGCGCUCCUUCUGACGUUGGCUCGAUAAUACUGAAAUCUAGUCUUGGUAAUGGUGUUCAGUGUAUACUGAAUAAUGAAGACUGUAAAAAUUGUUCUUCAGUAGUCCCUAAUGAUGAACAUACUUUAUUACACAAUGCUCAGCUUAUGAAUAUUAAAAGUCCACAUAGUGAGCUAAAGUCACCAAACGAUCUUCAACCUUGCUCCGAAAAAAUGCCUUACAACAUGAACCCCAGUGAAUUGGUCUCCACUGAGCCAUGUACUGUAAGUCCUCUCUCGUACAACAUACGAAAACCACAUGUAGCUCCUAGUCUCAAAUUUAUUCGUUAUCCAAUUCCUUCAACUUCAGUGAAAAGAACGACACAUAAUGAAAAAAAUUCGGAGCUAUCAACAAACUCUAGUGCUGACUCAACAACGAAGGAAAAAAUCACCUGUUCAGAAAGAAACCAAGCAAGACAGUUUAUCAGUAACAUACAGAGGUGUCAGAGCAUCUAUAAAACGGGUUAUACAAGUCCGAAUGUGUGUUUUCCGGAACAUGUAAAAAUACAUCAGCCCCAUUCCAACUCAAGUACAACAUACAAGGAUAUCAAACAAGCCUUCGAAAAUUUUAAUAAAACCACUAAACAGUUCAAAACAUAUGAAGCAUUUAGCCAGUCAGUGGAAGAUUUUGCCAGUUUUGACAACAGAAAGAAUUCAGGCGUGUUAAAAAUUGCGGGUGAUGGGAACAUUCAGUAUGCCAUAUCCGUCAUCCGGCCACGUUCUCAUUCAGUUGUUUUACUAAAAAAUCAUGGUUUGCAUGAAGAAGAUAACAGAAGUGGUAAAAUUCAUAGUGUUGUUUACGAACAACAUGAAUUCAAAAGUACCAGUGAUGAUAUCCCCAAUGAACCGCAAAACAGUUCUAAACCUAACAAUGGUGUCAUGGAAACGUACGAACGGCCGAGUUCUUUACAAGAUCAAUUAUCCGACUCUAAAGAUACCUUCCAAGUUUACACAACAGAAAAACAAUCGGAGAUCGAUAGUGGAAAUGGUACUGAUGAAGAUGAUCACAUUUUUAAGGAAUCUGUCUCAUUGAAAGAUGAUUCAGUGACCCAGAAAGUAAACGAAAAUAUUGCUUAUUCCUGUAGUGCUGAUUCAGUUGAAUUAGAUGAAUGCUUUUCAUCUGAUAUUGAUGAAGACGGUACUAUCGUUGAUGACAACAGUGUCAGCAAUGAUAAUCAACAAAUUAACUACCAGUUGGAUGAACAACCUUUAACGUCUCCAACGAAUAGAAGCUCUAGUAAAUUAGUGGAUGAAAACUCAAGUGGUAACAUAGACUCUCCUAAUCUAGCAAAUAUAAACAAACAGUCGGAUACAAUGUUAACUGACGGUCAGCAAGUUGUAAGCAAGAAAAAUCCUGAUUUAAAUGGUAAAAAGGCGAUUACAGAAGUGGCUGUUAAAAAAGAUUUAAAUGAAGAAUUGUUUAUGCAAUCUAAAUUAUGUAAUCUCAAACUUAGUACAUUUUCAACAAAAACAGAGAAACAUUCGACACUACAUGUAGUUGCAUACGACCAGAACACAACUAAAAAAGAUAUCAUAUCUACCAGCAAAUUUAAUAUGCCAAAGAAUAAUAUGAAUAAACAAAAUGAAAAUUUAUCAAUAUCUUAUUCUACUAAAACUAUUGAACAUAGAAAUAAUUCAGUAGAAAAGAAGAAUUCAAUAAUGUUUGAAUCUAUAGAAUUAAAUCAUUCUAAUGAAAAUCAUUCAUUGAAAUUAGUUAAUACUUCAAAUGAAUCAUUAAAAAAUAUUAUUAGUUCAAAAGAAAUAAAAAUAAAAUCUAAAAAUGGGCUUGUGAAUCGAUUGACACAGUUUACUAGAAAAUCUCAUCCAGCUUUGAUUGAUUCAUUAUUUCCAAAUGUUCCACCAGUUUUACGAUUUGUUGAAGAAGGACAAAAAUUGGAACCAUUGCCAUGGGAAUUUCGUCGGCUACUAAAGUGGAGGGCUAGCUCUCUAACCCCUAUUGUAGUCAAGCAAACUUUGCAACGUACUGGGUUUAAAGCUUCAAAAUUAACUAAUGCAUGUGAAGACUUGGAAACAGUUGAAUCAUCUGAUUGGUUAUUUUAUUUCGGGAAACAUAUGCGUCCGCAAAUAUUUCGUACAAUUAAAAUGUAUCAAAAGGUGAAUCAUUUGCCGUGUUCAUUUCAACUUGGUCGUAAAGAUCGUUUAUGGCGGAACAUAGUUCAGAUGCAAUUGAAACAUGGAAAAGAACAUUUUAAUUUUAUGCCACAAACUUAUUGUUUACCUGGUGAUUUAGAUGAAUUAAAAAAAGCAUGGGAUGAAGAAGGAGAAAAUCAACGAUGGAUUAUGAAACCGCCAGCUUCAGCUCGCGGAAUCGGUGUUCGACUUGUAACAAAGUGGUCACAAAUACCUAAGAAGCGUCCAGCUCUUAUUCAAAAAUACCUUUCUCGUCCAUAUCUGAUAAAUGAUAGUAAAUUUGAUCUACGCAUUUAUGUGUAUAUCUCAUCAAUUAAUCCCCUAAGGUUGUAUAUACAUGAAGAUGGAUUGGUUAGAUUCGCCUCUCAAAAGUAUUCUAAUGCUAUACGCUCCUUGGGCAAUCGAUAUAUUCACCUAACAAAUUACUCCAUUAAUCGUUUAAAUUCAGAAUAUAUUAGUAACACAAAUGAGUUUGCUACGAAAGGUCAUAAGUGGAGUUUACGAGCAUUCUGGACAUAUUUAAAAGCAAAAGGUAUAUCACCUGCACCUAUUUGGUCAAAUAUUAAAGAUGUUGUUGUAAAAACUAUAAUCAGUACAGAAGCUGCAUUCAAUACUGCUGUAAACAUUUAUUGUAACCAUUCAUUCUCUGUACAUGAAAUAUUUGGUUUCGAUAUUUUUUUAGAUGAAGAUUUACAACCAUGGCUACUUGAAGUGAAUGUUUCCCCAAGUAUGCAUUCAGAUUCACCAUUAGAUGCUAAAAUCAAAGGUAGUGUUAUUAAAGAUAUGUUAAAUUUAUCUGGUCUUCGUCUUCCAGAGGCAAUGGAACCACGCUGUCAUACAAUUCCUUCAUCUUUUGCACUUAAAUAUGAAACAAAUACACCUGAUCUAAUAAUGUGCUCAAAUGUAAAUACACAUGAUGUUGAACAUAAUGGUUCAAAUAUGGAAAUUGAAAAUCCUAUUUUAAAAAAUAAUGAUAUUUCCUGUCGACAUAUAAAAAGUGCUAGUUUUGUAGAUAAUUUAAAAACAAAAAAUACUAAAUCUGACCUUCGACGUCCUAAUCCACCUAAUCAUAGAUGGCUACUUGAUGAACGUUUAUUUAUUGAAUCUGCUAGUACAGAUGAAGAAGAGAAAAUGAAAUAUUUUAAAAUACGUGCUAUACAAUAUGGUUUGCCAAGAGUAAAACAGUUUACAGUAAAGUAUAAUUCAUCUGCAUCACCAUAUCAAUAUGAAAGAAAUGAUUGUAAAACAUUAGUUUCAUGUAAAUCUUCAAUAUUACAUUCUUCGGAUACAAAUAGUUCUUUACAUUCAUGUAUAACAUCAAGUAAUACAGAUGAGAAAGAAGGAAUCUUAUCACCUCGUACGUCGAUUUAUGAUGCAGGUAAUAACAGACGGCUAUCACUGUCAUCUUCUUCCUCAUCUUCAUUGUCGUCAGUAGAAUCAAGAAAAUCAGCUCAGUUUAUGAGAUUAGAGUCUGAUUCGCCUGAUUUCAAAGUAAAUCAUCCUCAUGAGAUGAUCCGAUCUAAGACUAAACUUCAUUCGGCUUCAAAUGGAAAUUUAAAUUCAGAAGUUUCAGUAUCCGGAACUUCAAAUCUUUCUAAAAAUUCAUAUAAAUCACCGACUAAUUAUAAGAAUUUCAAUAGUUCAAAUCUUUUUAUCACAUCGAAUACACCAUCUCAUGUAAUACUUAAAAAUGCAACCAAUGAAAUUUUAGACUGUCUAACACCAUUCGAUGUACGUAUAUUAAUUUCUAUGGUUGAUGAAUUCCAUAGAGCUGGUGGUUUUCAUUGUGUAUUUCCACCAAAAACUUCUGGUUUAUCCAUUAAAUAUUUAUCAUUUUUCGAAUCACCCAGAUAUACAAAUUUAUUAUGCAUAGCUUAUUUACAAAAAUAUAAUCAAGAUAAAGAAAAAGGUAUUGAGAUGUUACGAAAAAUUUGUGAAAAAAAAAUUCAUUUAAAAUCUUCACUAUUCCAAGAUGAAAUUACUUCUGAACAUCAUUGGAAAACCUAUAAGAAGUAUAAAUCAACUAUUUUAAAAGAAACAAUUAAAAGAAAGACAGAUAUUAUAUCAACUAAUGAUAAUCUAUUACAGAAUAAAAAAACAUAGUUAAUUUGUAAUUAGAUAGGUAUAUGUACAAAAAUUAUGAUGAAAUUAGAUCAAUUUAUUACAUAUAUGCUGUAUGAAUUAAUGUUUCUAAUCAAGCAAACGGUUCAUUAUUGAUCAUUGAAAAUAUAUGUAUUUAACAAUUACAGUAUAUUGUAUAUGGAUAAUUUAGCUUCUAUUUAGUUGGAGUUUGUUUUUGUUUUAUUUUGCAUAUUUCCAGAUUCAGUGAAAUAAACCUUUCUUAAAAUUUGUCUAGAUGAAGUUUACUAACUCAUUUCUUUCUAAACUUUCUACCUAAGUAAAGAGAUAUGAAGUGUUCGAGAGAUGUUUUUUUUAUGAUGAGUGGAUAAUAUUGAAUAUUUCAUCUAUAUUCAUGAACAUAGUUGCGUUAUUAUUCAAGUGUUAUUCUUACGAAGUAGUGAAUGUUUAUAGUUAUCAAUAUAUGAAUUUGGACUUAUUUUUAUU